ACCCGGUCCAUACCCGUCGAAUCAGACCCUGUCAGCGCGACGGCCCUUCCUGAUCUGCAUCGUAAACUGUUUGUUUGUGCCUUCAGUGGAGACUGAGACAAUGUGCUACUGGCCUCCAUUCGCAAUGUGCCUCACGACUGCAUGUUUGCUACUGCUAUCUUUUGAUUGUAGGAACGCCUCUACAAGGGGCCCAAAGAUUCCAGUCAACAGGCCUGUCGUGAAUUCCUAAAAACCUCGCUUGUCUUGGUGGGCAUGUCAGCUCUCGGGAUAUGAAAAGAGGCCCGUCACCUCUCCCGUCCGAGCCUUCAGCACUCUCACUCUAGGGUCCUCCCGCACAUCACGCCCACGUACACCACCGCCAUGGCCACCGCGGACGCGUUGAUAGCGAGUCUCCAAGACAUCCAAGGCGACGCCUUCACGGACAAGGCGGAGCGGAUACGCGCGCGGGACGCCCUCUACGACGCCCUGCGCAGGGUCCAGACGCCGUGGGACAUUGCAUGGGACCACGUCAUUGUCAAGGGCGCCGGCAACGCCGCCAUCAAGACGCUCAUUGACGCCGGUGCCUUCAAGAAGUGGCACGAGGCUGGCGGCGAGCCAAUCACCUGUGAUAAGCUCGCAGCGCUCACCGGCGCCGACACUCUCCUCAUACGACGGUUAAUGCGCGCCAUAGCGGGCCAGCGGCUCGUCAUCGAGACCGAUGCCGACACUUACGCGCGCACGCCCUGGGCGCAGGCCCUCGGCGAGGACGCCCCGUUGCCAGCCAUGUACGGCGGUUUCUACGGCGAGCUUACGAACCCCCUAUUCCGCAGCUUGCCGUACUUCCUGAAGGAGACGGGGUACCGGAACCCGACAGACCGGAACAACUGCAACUUCCAGCGCUGGCGGGGCGACCCAAACGCCGUCUUCUUCCGGUACGUCGGCACGAACCCGCUGUUGACGUCCGACUUCAAUGACGCCAUGGAGUGCCACUCACGCGACAACCUCACGGCCUGGCCCGAAGUGUACCCCACAGAGCGGCUCGUCGAGGGCGCGCGCCCCUGCCGGGCGCUGGUGGUGGACAUCGGCGGCGGCAAAGGCCAUGACCUGAAGAAGUUCCAUCUCCGCCACCCGCAGGUCCCCGCGCGGGACCUGAUUCUUCAGGACCUCCCCGACAUCCUGAAGGAAGUCGAGCCUGACCCGGCUUUCACGGUGCAGCAGUACGACUUCUUCACGCCGCAGCCCGUCCGCGGGGCGCGGGCAUACUUCUUCCACAACGUCCUGCACGACUGGCCGGACCCGACGGCCGUGGAGAUUCUGAAGACCGUCGCCGAGGCAAUGGAGAGGGGGUACUCGAGGCUGCUGAUCCACGAGAGCCUCAUCAACGAGAAGGAGCCGCUGUGCAAGGUGACGGCGACGGAUAUCAUCAUGAUGGCGGCGCUGGCGUCUGCGGAGAGGACGGAAAAGCAGUGGUGCGACCUGGUUGCGAGCGCGGGCUUGCGGGUGGUGAAGAUUUGGAGGCCGGUGCAGGCGGUCGAGAGCGUCAUUGAGGCGGAACUGGCGUAAAUGGCACGGCGGCGAUGGAGUUGGGCGGCUAUGAAUGUCAUCGGAUUCCCUCUGGCACUUGACUUGUAUGUUAGAAGUACCCUUGAUAUUAGUGAUGAGCUGCAAAACGUGGGGUGUUUGUUCACCAUCGCAUCAAUUUAUUGCUGUCUCCUCCCAUGGGCCAUGUCCCUUGCUGUUAGCGGAUUACGUGAUGAUGUCAGUAUAUCGGCCGUAGGCUUGCGUGUACGCCGGCCGAUUUUGCAAGACGAUGAGGUGGUCGGUAGGACUGAAGAGUCCCGAGGCGCACCCGAAGCCUGGCUGAGUGUAAGGCUGACCUGGUGAGUUGG